AUGGCCGAAACCACCAAGCUCCAGCUGUUUGUGAAGGCCAGUGAAGAUGGCGAGAGUGUAGGCCACUGCCCUUCCUGUCAGCGGCUCUUCAUGGUGCUACUCCUCAAGGGUGUCCCCUUCACACUCACCACAGUGGACACACGAAGGGCGCUGGAUGUGCUGAAGGACUUUGCACCAGGCUCGCAGCUGCCCAUCUUGCUCUAUGAUGGGGAUGCCAAGACAGACACGCUGCAGAUUGAGGAGUUUCUAGAGGCGACGCUGAGGCCACCUGACUUCCCUAGCCUGGCACCUCGGUACAGAGAGUCCAACACAGCAGGAAAUGACAUCUUCCACAAGUUUUCUGCCUUCAUCAAGAACCCCGUACCUACACAGGACAAUGCCCUGUAUCAGCAGCUGCUCCGGGCCUUGACCAGGCUAGACAGCUACCUGCGUGCACCAUUAGACCAUGAGCUGGAAAGGGAGCCACAACUUCGUGAAUCCCGACGCCGCUUCCUAGACGGUGACCAGUUCACACUGGCUGACUGCAGCCUGCUGCCCAAGCUGCAUAUUGUGGAUACCGUGUGUGCACACUUCCGCCAGAUGCCCAUCCCUGAGGAACUGUGUGGUGUCCGCCGUUACCUGGACAGUGCCCUGCAGGAGAAGGAGUUCAAGUAUACGUGUCCACACAGUGCCGAGAUCCUGGCAGCUUAUCAGCCUGCUGUGCACCCCCGUUAGCACCCCUAACUCCAUACACUCAUCUGCAGCCCCAUAAAGGCAUCU